CGCCUGUUGCUGUCUGUUUUGCCAAGGCAUGUCGCCAUGGAAAUGAAGGCUGACAUCAACGCUAAAAAAGAAAACAUGAUGUUUCACAAGAUCUACAUCCAGAAGCACGACAAUGUCAGUAUUUUGUUUGCAGACAUCGAGGGUUUCACUAGUCUGGCGUCGCAGUGCACGGCUCAGGAGCUGGUUAUGACUCUAAACGAGCUGUUUGCCCGCUUUGACAAGCUGGCUUCGGAGAACCACUGCUUACGGAUCAAGAUCCUGGGGGAUUGUUACUACUGCGUGUCAGGGUUACCUGAGCCCAGAGCGGACCACGCUCACUGCUGCGUGGAAAUGGGGGUGGAUAUGAUUGAAGCCAUUUCAUUGGUGCGAGAGGUCACAGGGGUCAAUGUAAACAUGCGGGUCGGUAUCCACAGUGGUCGCGUGCACUGUGGAGUUCUUGGAUUGAGAAAGUGGCAAUUCGACGUGUGGUCCAACGACGUCACACUGGCCAACCACAUGGAGGCUGGAGGCAAAGCCGGGAGGAUCCAUAUCACUAAAGCUACUCUGCAGUACCUGAAUGGAGACUAUGAGGUGGAGCCAGGUUUUGGAGGGGAGAGGAAUGCCUAUUUGAAAGAGAACAGCAUUGAGACCUUCCUAGUAUUGGGCUGCAGUCAAAAGCGGAAAGAGGAGAAGGCCAUGAUGGCUAAGAUGCAGCGCACGCGGACGAACUCCAACGAGGGUCUGGUACCGCGAUGGGUGCCUGACAGAUCCUUCUCCAGGACUAAAGACUCCAAAGUCUUCAGACAGAUGGGCAUUAAUGAAUCAUCCAGCAAAGACAACCGUGGUGCUCAGGAGGCGCUGAACCCCGAGGACGAGGUGGAUGAGUUUUUGGGCCGUGCCAUUGACGCUCGCAGUAUUGACCAGCUCCGCAAAGACCACGUGAAGAAGUUCCUCCUCACCUUCCAAACCUCCAGCCUGGAGAAGAAGUAUGCUAAGAAGGUAGACGAUCGUUUUGGCGGUUACGUGGCCUGUACUCUGCUGGUCUUCUGUUUCAUCUCUUUUAUCCAGAUCGUCAUAUUCCCUCAUACUCUGGUCAUGCUAGGAAUAUAUAUCAGCAUCUUCAUCAUUCUUGCCAACAUCCUUUUCAUCUGUGCCAUUUACUCCUGCGUAAAGCUCUUCCCUGCUGCUAUGCAGACUGUGUCCAAGAAGAUUGUUCAGUCUCGCACCAACAGCACACUGGUGGGAGUUUUCACCAUCAUCCUCGUCUUCAUCUCUGCCUUUGUCAAUAUGUUUUCCUGUGAUACACGGAAACUUGUGGACUGUGUAGCAGAGCAGUUUAACUGGUCGUCAGAGAUGGUUACUCCCUGUGUGAUUCACAACUUGUCUCGCUCUGCUGCCGACAGCCUGAAUAUCUGUCCCAGCAACACUCCCUCCUGCCCCUUCCCUGAGUAUUUCAGCUACAGUGUGCUGCUGACCCUGUUGGCCUGCUCAGUGUUCCUGCAGAUCAGUAGUAUAGGGAAGCUGGCUUUAAUGCUGCUCAUCCAGCUCACUUUCCUGCUGCUUGUGGAGUGGCCAGAGGUGGUGCUGUUUGACAACGCAGACCUCUUCGUUACUGCCAAUGCCCUUCUCAAUACGACUACUGAGCAGUGUACUUUCAGGGUGACUAAAGUGUCCCUAAAGGUCAUGACCCCAGUGAUCCUGACUGUAUUUGUACUAGCACUGUACCUACAUGCCCAGCAAGUGGAGUCAACGGCUCGUUUAGACUUCCUUUGGAAACUUCAGGCCACAGAAGAAAAGGAGGAGAUGGAGGAACUUCAAGCCUACAACCGCCGGCUGCUCCACAACAUCCUGCCCAAAGAUGUGGCCGCCCACUUUCUAGCCAGAGAGAGGAUGAAUGACGAGCUGUACUACCAGUCGUGUGAGUGUGUGGCCGUCAUGUUCGCCUCCAUCAGCAACUUUUCCGAGUUCUACGUGGAGCUGGAGGCCAACAACGAGGGAGUGGAGUGUCUGAGGCUCCUCAAUGAGAUCAUCGCUGAUUUUGAUGAGAUCAUCAGUGAGGAGAAAUACAGGCAGCUGGAGAAAAUAAAGACCAUUGGCAGCACCUACAUGGCCGCAUCCGGUCUUAACGACUCCACCUAUGACAAGGAAGGCCGCUCGCAUAUAACCGCCCUGGCCGACUACGCCAUGCACCUCCGCGAACAGAUGAAAUAUAUCAAUGAGCAUUCCUUCAACAACUUCCAGAUGAAGAUCGGACUGAACAUUGGGCCAGUGGUCGCAGGAGUCAUUGGCGCCAGAAAGCCCCAGUAUGAUAUCUGGGGAAACACAGUAAACGUGGCCAGUCGGAUGGACAGUACAGGGGUCCCAGACCAUAUUCAGGUGACCACAGACCUGCACCAGGUGUUGGCCAGUAAAGGUUACAAGCUGGAGUGUCGAGGGGUCGUAAAGGUGAAAGGCAAGGGUGAGAUGACCACUUACUUCCUGAACGACGGACCUCCCAACAGUUAGCAGCGCACUAGAGUUCCUUUGGAUUCCCACAAUUCCCCAGAGAGGAGGAUUUCUAGAGGAAAGCAGAAGACAAACAAGUAGCCAUCGCCAUCACUUGAAGAAAAAACAAAGAAAAAAGGAAGAUUGAAAAAAACGAAGCAGACUCCAGACUGGAGAGUCAUGGCGGUCGUGGAUAUGGCUGUGCACCUUGAAGGACGAUUGUUUUUAAGCCUCUCCCUCAGGCUGCUUGAAAGAUGCAAAGUCUGUUUAUUUAAUAAAGGCCUUUAUUUGCCGAAGAAAAACGCUGUACAUAAGGCAUUUUUUUCUCCAGUUUUAUUUUUGUGUGACAUUUUUUUCCUCUGUUAUUCUUAUUUCAGGAGAAUAUAAAUACAGGUACUCGUGUUUUGUUCGGAAUUCCUUAUUUAUUUUGAUCUUGAUGUUUUGUGCAAAAAGUCCUUUAUGGAACAAGUGUGAAAAACGCAUACGCAUUUAUACCGUACAUAAACACGUACGCUCGUAUAUCUGUGUGUGUGUGUACAAAUACAGUAUCUGUAUGAAUUCAGAAGAGAACUAUUGACCAAAGACCAAAGUAUUUAACAGAAAAGAAGUUGUCAAAAUGUUUGUGGAAGUUUGAAUAUUACGUAAUGCUCUGACGUCCUCACCCCUCGAUUUUUUUCCUGUUUUCAUGACGUCUUAUCAUUUACAGUAAAUUACACUGAUUGAUUGAUGAGCAAUGCGGGUGACUGGCAGAGCAUUGCGCACCAGAUCAUAUGAAGGACUGAAUGAUUUCAUUUAAAGUCGUGCUUUUCCUUCAGAACGACAAAUUCUAGAUGGAAAACUGUUUGGAAAAGCUGUGGAACAAUAGGGAUUUCUUUGGGGAAGUACGACCAGGUCUGGGCCUUCAACGCGUUCUCUAGGAAGACUUCGGUUUUAUUUUGUGUGUUCCGUCAACCAUUUCUUCUUUUUCCAAAGAAGUAUUUUUGGUACAAAAUGAAAUAAAAGGAAAAAAAGUUUUUCGGAGGCAUCUGGGGAAAAGCCACGGCAUUGGAUACCACGGUACGAGACAGUUUAUCGAGAUCCAAUUCAUUCUAGAAGGACUUUUUU